UUUUCAUUUUCAGGCGUGUUUCAUUUGAUAGAGGCGUUGUUCUAGGUUGGGACAGAGGAAGAGAUCUGUACUUUUGUAACGACUUUCUUAAUAUCUUCAUAUAUUCGCUCACAGUCGGAGUUUAACGGCAGACGUGUAGAUAUUUGUAAAAAAUGGUGGAAGUACGGAUUUUGGUUCCUUUUCUCAUCCUUUUCGGUUUAUCGACAGUACACACAGUGUUGGCGCAGAGUUCGACAACCGACAUGUGUGAGAAGCUGUCAAACACAACCUGUGAAGACUGUCUGAAGAAUGUGUCAUGUCUGUGGUGUCAGACAACCCAGAAGUGUGUCAGUUAUCCGGUUAGGACAAUCCUGCCCCCACACUCCUUGUGUCCACUCCCCGAGGCACGGUGGGGGGCCUGCUGGGUAAACUUCCAGACCCUAAUCAUCACCCUUUCAGUGGUUUGUGCUGCCAUCAUCAUCGCUAUUUUCAUCUGUUGCUUCUGCUGCUGUAAAUGUGAGAAUAUUGGGACUCAGAGGACAGAAGCUAAGAUGGAGAAACAAGCUACCAAAAGGAAAGCCAAGCAGGAAGAAAGGAAAACAGAGAUGAAGAUGAAGCAUGAUGAAAUCAGGAGGAAGUAUGGUCUGAAAAAGGACAGUCCUUACUCCAGAUUUGAGAACAGCUAAGCGUGUCAUUACAGGCGGCUCCUGAAAAUACCUGCAUUUUCUCUCUGUGAUUAGCAACUUUUUUCAGUAGUCCUGGCAUGAAAUGUCGAUUGACACAGCAGACAACUGUUGAUUGCUCUUUUUCACUGGAAUUAAGAGUGAAUAUAAGUAAGAAAAAUUAUACUAUCUUACAUCUUUUGGCAAAAGGUGCAGGUAUUCAUUUAAAUGAUUUUUGGGCCAUAUUGUUUCUUAAUAGCCAGAAUUAACUGGUCAGAAGACCGGUUAAGCAAUUCCUUUUCUGUAGUCGGUAUAUUAUUUUUUUCAACGUGUGAUUUUUAUUAAUUUUACAGUAAUUAAAAAACACCAAAAUUCUAGCACCGUUUAGUUACAUUAUUCGGUUUCAACUUAUUUCCCAUUUUAAGGAUAAUUGCAUGCUAAUUUAUAAUGAACUUAAUACCUAUGCAUGAUUGUUGCAUUUCCCAGUUUAGUGCAGAUAUACUGUAACGCUUGUAAGAAUGUUUUACAACGUCAGUGCUUACGGCUCAGUUUUUGGCCAUAGUUGUUCAUUUCACAACACUAACACUUAAAAUUGACUUUUUUUUGUUUUCUUUCCAGUGUUGUGCAAUUUGUUAUAUAGUGUUUUUACAAGAACAGUACAAUCCAAACAAUAACAGUGAAAACUGCCAUUUUUUCUUGUUUGUAUAUUGCUGAAUCUUUGCACAUUGGUCUGUCUUUGAAUUAUAUUACUUAUACCUAAUAUGAAUGUUACUCAAAUGCAAUAUUGCAGUGAUUAAAUGUGACUUGUUCCUGCUGUUUUGAAAGUAGGUCACUCUACUUGGCAAUAUAAUGUGUAGUCAUUAUUUAAUGUUACUUUGUGAAAGUUAAUCCACAGAGGACUGGAGUGUGCUGAUUUCUUAUAUUCUGCCACCAAAUCUCUACCUGGUUUAGUCCAAAAUUAGGCUGCAUAAAUAUUUAUUUUACGUUCUUUCAUGGUAAGUUUCCAAAAAUAUUCCUGCAAUAUAUUGCUGCUUUUUCUUAUAAUUACAGAAUUAAAAUUUCUUAUAAUUCUUUUAUUUUUGACAAAUUAUAAAGAAAACAUUCUUAUGCUACAUGCUAAUUAAUUUUGAUAAUUGAAUAAAAUUGUUGAACCAAAAGUCAUUGUAAAAA